AUGGAGAACUACAAGAAAUCUCCAUUGAAGCCAUGGAAGAAAGGUCCAACAAGAGGCAAAGGUGGACCUUUGAACGCCUCGUGCGAGUACCGGGGAGUUAGACAAAGGACUUGGGGGAAAUGGGUUGCUGAAAUCAGAGAGCCAAAGAAGAGAACCAGACUCUGGUUAGGCUCUUUCUCCACGGCAGAAGAAGCUGCCAUGGCCUAUGAUGAGGCUGCAAGGAGACUAUAUGGCCCAGAUGCUUAUCUCAACCUUCCUCACCUUUAUCAAGCAAACUCCAGUAACCAUACAAUGAAAUCUCAAAAGUUCAAAUGGCUUCCUUCCAAGAAUUUCAUGUCCAUGUUUCCCUCUUGUGGUUUGCUCAACAUAAACGCGCAGCCUAGUGUUCAUGUCAUUCAUCAGAGGCUCCAAGAACUCAAGCAAAAUGCAGCGCUUAGUCAAACUCCAACUCCUAAUUCUAGUUCAUCUUCAUCUAGUGAUACAAAAUCUGAAGCUCAAAUCAAUACUGGGGACAAAACCCAAGAAGAGAAUAUGUCAGAGAAGGAGAAAGAGAUGGAGUUUCUAUCAGAAAAGAUUGCGAAGAGCCGUGAUGAUGAGAAGCCUCAGAUCGAUCUCCAUGAGUUUCUUGAGCAGAUAGGAGUGAUGAAAGGAGAGAGAGAUCAAUCAGAAGAGACUGAUGAUCAUGGUAUGGGAAAGCAUAUGGCUCAAGAUCAAACCUCAUUUGAAGAACUUCAUGAUCAUGCUCAUGAGCUUGGAGCUUUUACUGACAAGAAUUUCAACUGGGAUGCCUUGUUUGAGAUGCAUGGGAUAGCUGCAGAUCAUCAUGGAGCAGAAGUUGGUAGCUUUCAAGUUUGUGAUGUUAAUGAAGAGCUGACUUUUCCUGCUUCCAUUUGGAACUUCUGA